GAGGGUGCUCCAACACAUUUUUCACUCUCCCUUCCCUUCCUACCAUACCUCGGAAGUCAGAACCUCACCUUUCAACGACACCAACUCGAGUGGAAGGGAGAUAACGAAAAGAAACCAAUAAAAUAAAAUAAAAUAAAAUAAAAUAAUAAUAAAACUAAAAAAUGGCUGUUUUCAAUUUCCAUUGCUUCCAUUUCGUGUUGCCUCCGAUUCGCAGCUUCAGCGACCAACACAUUUCGAUUCCUUUUCCCUCCGCUACUUCGUCGUCUCCUCCCUUUCAUCUACGAAGCGCCAACGCAAUCUCAAAGAAGAGAAAUCGACGCGCUCCGAAUCCGAUUCGAGCAUCCUCGGAAGGGAUUCCUAGUGAAGUGAUUGAGGACUCUAAGUUUGUUCCUUUAAAUGCUGACGAUCCCAUAUACGGCCCGCCUGCUUUGCUGCUUCUAGGGUUUGAAGCAGAUGAAACUGAGAAGAUUCAGAUGCUUCUAAAAGAGUUAGAUGGUGAGUUCUUAAAGGUGAUUCAUUGUACAGAAGAUAUGAUGAAGCAGACAGUUUGGGAUGCAAUGCACACUGAACUAUCCAAUGUUGAAGAUGUGAAGAUUGCAAAAUCAUUGCCUAGAGUAUGCUUAUUAUCUGGGUUGACAGGCGAAGAGAUGAUGAUGUUCAUUGAUGCAUACCCAGAAACCGGCUUGAAACCAGCUGUUUUUGCUGCACUUGUUCCUAACAGUGCAAAUAAACUUCUUGCUGAUGUUGUAGAAGAAAUAAUGGGAGAUCACGAAAUGCUGUCAGGUAAGAAAUCAGAUUGAAAGAACUGCCUUUCUCGAAGAUUUACCAGCUGAUUGUGACGAUAGGACUUCAGAAAUUACAAAACUGCUGAAGGAAUGCGAUUACUCUGUGAGUUGCAGUCCUUGUGGAAUUUACACAGUGGUGCCUAGUUUAUAAUGUAUUCAACACUUAAAAGGAUAGGUAUUUUAAGUUCUUUGGUGAAAAUAUUGUCAUUAGAGAACUGUGGUAUUCAACAUCUAACUAUUCAACAUUAAUCAUCAAAUAGUGAAUGUGAUAAGUAUAUUAAAUAAA